UGCUGGGGCGGCAUCUGACCCCGUGGCGCGGCCUGCAAGCUCAACUAUAAAUGCGAGCACUGCCUACAGACAGCAGAUCAGUCUGACUUGCAGCUCAGCAGAUAGCAUCAUGAACGCCCUGGUGGUCGCACUCUCUCUCGCCCUGCUGGCCUCCUGCAACGCAGGGGGCUUGGUAUCUAACAGGUACGGAUCCGGCGGCUCCAGCUUCCUCAAUCUUGGCUCCGGCGGUUUUGGAACCGGCGGCUCCAGAGUCGUCAGCCUGGGCUCUGGCGGCUACGGCUCCGGUGGCGUUACCUUCGCUUCUGGCAACUCCGGCUAUGGCGGCUUCGGAAAUGGCGGCGUCAGGGUGAUUUCCGGAGGUUCCGGCUUCAGAACUGGAGGUUUUGGCAACGGCGGCUACGGAAAUGGCGGCGUCAGUGUAAUCUCUGGCGGUCUUGGCAACGGCGGUUACGGAAAUGGCGGCGUCAGAGUAAUCUCUGGCGGUCUUGGCAACGGCGGCUACGGAAAUGGCGGCGUCAGAGUAAUCUCCGGCGGUCUUGGCAACGGUGGCUACGGAAAUGGCGGUGUCAGAGUAAUCUCUGGCGGUCUUGGAAACGGCGGCUACGGAAAUGGCGGCGUCAGUGUGGUUUCCGGCGGUUCCAUCUUGGGAGCUGGCGGUUUUGGCAACGGCGGCUACGGAACUGGCGGCGUCAGAGUAAUCUCUGGCGGUCUUGGCAACGGCGGCUACGGAUCACGUGGCACCACCGUCAUCCGCAGCAACUUCCUGGGCAACAGGUAUGGGUACUAAGGCGCUGCGGCGAAAGAAACGACAACCGGCACCUGCCCCAGCAGCACGCCACGCCUGUACCCCACAGGCAAUACAACGAGUCGAGUUCAGUGUAUUUAUGAUAAAAAUUAAUGAAACAUCUUAAGUAAU